AUGUGGCAGUUCGAUAAGGCUACAAACGGUCACGUAUCUGAGUUAAAACCCCUCACAUUCAAUAGUAGAUAUGACUUGAAGACAAUACCUCUGCCUCAGCCGGGAUUCAUUGUCAUUAAAAUCAUCGCAGAACAAAAGCCUGCCAUUGCUCCACCCGUCUUUGUAUUUCAGAAGGACAAAGCACAGAAGAGAUCAGCAGAUGGCUCGAGCCCAGAGGAUGGAGAUGAAUCUGAUCGAGAGGAUGGGAGCUACUGUCCACCUGUGAAGCGUGAGAGAACUUCAUCCUUAACUCAGUUCCCUCCUUCUCAGUCAGAGGAAAAGAGCAGUGGAUUCCGGCUGAAGCCACCAAUACUUAUCCAUGGUCAGGCACCUAGUGCAGGUCUCCCUAGCCAGAAACCGAAGGAACAGCAGCGCAGCGUGCUACGCCCGGCAGUACUGCAGGCACCACAGCCAAAAGCUUUCUCACAGAUGGUUCUCAGCAGUGGCACCAAUGGUGUAAAUAUCCCACCAGAUUCUGCAGCCACAUCGGAAUCGCUAAGUAAUGCAACACUGAAAAGUUCUGACUCUGAAGAUAAGGCAGGAGAAUGUCAGAAAAAAGAAUCUAACAAUACUUCAGAUGAUGACAGCUGUGAGAAGGCAGAACUAAAUGCACAGCAAGCGUUUGUAUUUGGGCAAAACUUAAGAGAUAGAGUUAAGCUAGGAGAUGAAAGCGAUGAAACUGCCGACGUGCAGAAUGCUGGCCUUCCUGCAUCAGACGUACCUUCUGCAACAAAUUAUUUUCUACAGUACAUCAGUUCCAGUGUAGAGAACUCUACAAACAGUGCAGAUGCAUCUAGCAACAAGUUUGUUUUUGGACAGAACAUGAGUGAGAGAGUCCUAAGUCCACCGAAAUCCAGCGAAGGCAGUACAGAGAGUACUAAGGAGAAUGCUGCUACAGAAUCUGCGUCUGAAUCAUCUUCUCAGGAAGCCACACCAGAGAAAG